AUUUUCCAAAGCCUGAAGAGCGACGAUGUUGCUAAAUCGUUCCGAAAGCAAAUCAAUAAGAAGGAAGGGAUCUGUGCUAUUGGUGGGACCUCGGAGCAGUCCAGCGCUGGCACACAGCACUCGUAUUCAGAGGAGGAAAAGUAUGCGUUCGUCAACUGGAUUAACAAAGCCCUUGAGAAGGACCCUGACUGUAAACACGUGGUCCCAAUGAAUCCAGAAACAGAUGAUCUCUUCCAGGCUGUUGGUGAUGGCAUUGUACUUUGUAAGAUGAUCAACUUCUCAGUGCCAGAUACCAUUGACGAGAGGACAAUCAACAAAAAGAAACUCACCCCAUUCACAAUACAGGAAAAUCUGAACCUGGCCCUGAACUCUGCUUCAGCCAUUGGGUGCCAUGUUGUUAACAUUGGAGCUGAAGACUUGAAAGAAGGGAAACCUUACCUGGUUUUGGGUCUUUUAUGGCAAGUCAUCAAGAUUGGACUCUUUGCUGAUAUAGAAAUUAGCAGGAAUGAUGCUUUGAUUGCUCUCCUGAGAGAAGGGGAGAGUCUGGAGGAUCUGAUGAAGCUGUCCCCAGAAGAACUGCUGCUGAGGUGGGCGAACUAUCAUCUGGAGAAUGCAGGAUGCAACAAAGUCAACAACUUCAGCUCAGACAUCAAGGACUCAAGAGCUUAUUACCAUUUGCUGAACCAAGUUGCCCCCAAGGGAGAUGAAGACGGCAUUCCAGCUAUUACUAUUGACAUGUCAGGAUUAAGGGAGAAGGACGACGUGCAGCGCGCGGAGUGCAUGCUGCAGCAGGCCGAGCGCCUGGGCUGCCGCCAGUUCGUCACCGCCACCGACGUCGUGCGCGGCAACCCCAAGCUCAACUUGGCCUUCAUCGCCAACCUGUUCAACAAGUACCCGGCCCUGCACAAGCCCGAGAACCAGGACAUUGACUGGAGCUCUAUCGAAGGUGAAACAAGGGAAGAAAGGACAUUCAGAAACUGGAUGAACUCGCUGGGUGUUAAUCCACGUGUAAAUCACUUAUAUAGUGACCUGUCAGAUGCCUUGGUUAUCUUCCAGCUCUAUGAAAAGAUCAAAGUGCCAGUGGACUGGAACAGAGUGAACAAGCCACCGUAUGCUAAACUGGGUGGCAACAUGAAGAAGCUGGAAAACUGCAACUAUGCAGUGGAGCUGGGAAAGAAUGAGGCCAAGUUUUCCCUUGUUGGAAUUGCUGGGCAAGAUCUGAAUGAAGGAAACCGUACACUCACACUGGCCUUGAUCUGGCAGUUGAUGAGAAGGUACACACUGAAUAUCCUUGAAGACAUUGGUGGUGGAGAGAAGGUCAAUGAUGAGAUCAUUGUCAGCUGGGUAAAUGAAACACUGACUGCAGCUGGGAAGAGUUCAACCAUCUCCAGUUUCAAGGAUGGCAAAAUCAGCACCAGCAUGCCUGUCCUGGAUCUCAUUGAUGCCAUUCAACCGGGAUCGAUCAAAUACGACCUCUUGAAAACAGAGGACCUGAAUGAUGAGGAGAAACUUAAUAAUGCUAAAUAUGCCAUCUCUAUGGCAAGGAAAAUUGGAGCAAGAGUCUAUGCCCUUCCAGAAGAUCUGGUUGAAGUAAAACCCAAAAUGGUCAUGACUGUGUUUGCUUGCCUUAUGGGAAAAGGCAUGAAGAAAGUCUAAAGCACAAAAGACUUGUACCAAUGGCUGG